AAGGCUUGAAGCAUGGCCGCCUAUGGUUUGGUGACGGGUGCGUCGACCCAGCGAGGGUUCCCUCUCUCCGCCAGAUCCGUCGUGGUCGUAAGAGCGGCCAGCCUGAGGUAGAGCCCCGGCCACGGGCUUCGGAUCUAGCUGUCGAGCGGUUACGGGAGGAGAUGGCAGCGAAGGAGCAGGCGGCCCAGGAGCAAAGGGCGCAGAUGGAGCAGCAGAUUCUGCAGUACCAGCAGCAGCAGACACAGAUGAUGCAGCAGAUGCAACAGCAGCAGCAGAUGAUGCAGCAGCAGCAGGCACAGAUGAGCUGGCUGAUGAGCCAGACGGCUCUGUCUUCUCCACCGGGGAGUCUUCCUCCUCCACCGGGGAGUCUUCCUCCUCCACCUUACUCCCUGCCGUGGAUGCCGCCACCGCCCACUCAUACCCCGGGGACACCUAUCACCGUCAACAACAUGAACAUCAUCCGGAGCAUGAACCUCGGUGAGUCCUCUUGUGCCCAACCCGCUACUUGUACUUGUUCAAGUGUUCAAUAUGCAAAUGCAAAUGCAAAUGUUCAUUCCAUCAACCUUAUAGAUAAUUAUUCACAAGGAAAUGGCGAUGAGGCCGGCGGAAGCGGAGGAGGACAAUAAGGUUGAUGGCAUGGU